GCAUUAUGAGUCACGUAAAUUUGGUUAGUUUACAAUUAAACUGUCAACAACAACGACGCAAUAAAAUAUAUAUACUUUAAACUGAUUUUCUGAUAAAGAUAGAUAAAGAAAAGAUAUAGAUCUAUCUGAUACAAAGUUUACCAUACUAUUAUCAUGGUUACUGGUAAACCAAGAAACGAUUUGAGGAAGUAUUACGACUGAAUAGUUGAAUGGUUGAAUGAGCUAAUUGAAAAAAAAAAGAUUUAUUGAUUGAACUUUUCCGCUUUUACGUUUGAUAAACCACUUGUACCGCUAUGAAUAAACAAUUCCGUACUUAUGUCAUGCAUAAAAGUUUAUAUUUCAUUAGAUUUCAAACACAGAAAUGUCUACUGAAGAUGACUAUACCCUUGAAAUAGAUACAUCUAUACAUGUGUCAGAUCUUGAGGUUGGAGAUAUUCUAGAAUUUGAAAGGCAAUUAGGACCAUUUACAUAUUUUCAUUGUGGAAAUUAUGCAGGAAAUAACAUGAUUAUUCAUAAAGGAACGGCUCCUUGGGUAGAUAGUGUUCAAGUUUUCCAUGCGAAAUGGAACAAUGACAUAGGAUAUCGAAUUGAUUCUCUUCAAGACGUUGCACGUGGUUCAAAAGUAUAUAGAAAUAAUAUGUUAGACGAUACUAUCAGUCCUUCAAAAGAACAACCGAUGCUCCGAGCAAAGGCUAUGUACGGUGAAGGCGAUUACGAUAUCUUGUACAAAAAUUGUCAACAUUUUUGUACAAAAAUGAGGUAUGACAUCGCAUUUAGUAGACAGGCUGACAGUUUAACAAGCGGAUAUUUCUUAACAACUGUACAACAGUAUCGUUCAAAGAGAAUGGUCCAAGUUGUAUUCGAUGAUUACGAUUCAAAUAUCGCUGGUAAUAAUUUGACAAGCACAUCUAUAAGUGUGAAACACAAGGAUAAGGACAGUAUGCUUAAGCUUGCACACCAUUCCAAGAAUAUGACCGAUGAUCAGAAUACAAUAAAUUAUUCAAGCAGAUUUGAAUGUGAGCUAAAUAAUACAGCGACUAUAGUCGAUAAUAGUAUUCAUGGCAGCAUAAACUACACAUUUAGUGAUACUGAUAUUUGUCAACCAAAUGCAUACCAAUAUGAAAGUCAGAUGCAAAACGCAGCAUCCAUAUUCAAUAAUUACAUUAAUUUCACUACAGUCGAUACAUUUGGAGGAACCCAUACAUUAACAGGAAGAAAUGAAACAAUUUUUGAUUAUGAAAAAGAUGAACUAAGUUUCGGUUCGUGUUUCGAGUGGUUGAAGAAUAAUUCAAUGCUUGUUAUAAUCAUUUUGAUCCUGUUUAUUGUCAUAUUAAUAUUAAUAUUGUUCGUUCUCAUUUUUUUAAUAAUUUUAUAUCGUGCAAAUCAUAUGGAAAGGUCAAAGAAUGCUAAAAACAAAAGAACCGAACAAAAUACAUGUACUUGAUAAGCCUAUUUUAUAGAGAACAAAAUAUGAAUAAACGGAUAAAAACACGCCAGUAUAAAACGUUAUUGCUCGUUUUUUAAUUUAUAAGAGAUGUAAUCUGACCUCUCAACAGUGAUGAGAAUGGUUGAUGUGGCAUCCAUUUUUGCGUAUUAAGUUAAAAUUAUUGAAUGAAAUUAUUAGAACAAGUUAUUCGGCUUUCCUUUAACAAAAAUUUAACAUCGAGGGUGAAUAAAUCGGCUAAAGGAAAAAUGGGAAAAUAUCAUUUAUGUAAUAUAUAACACAGCAUCACCAAUAAAGCACUAUGAUAUGAUAGAGUGAACCGACCGUGUACCAAAACUCUGCUGCUCCUUUAACUUCGGAAAAAACCUCAUCGAUUAUUCCUAGCAAAAGUGGAAUAGCCAUGUUGCUAUUGAUAGCAGAGGCAACUCAACCAAUUAGAAAUUCUUACUUCCCCACUAUUUGAAAGUGCGUAAAACAUUAAGAAACCGUAUUCUUUAUACGAUAAAUGCAAAAAUACCGUAUCAAAUUAAUACUUUAAUGCAAAUUCCUGUGAACGUUGCCUUUGCCUUGUUGAUCUUGUUAUUUUAGACUCUAUACAAAGUCAAUUAAUUGAAUCAUCCUACAGGACUUAAUAACCAAAUUAUAGUACAUCCUUUUGUGUAGCUUUCUAUGUUACAGAUCAGUACUUUGAUGCAUUAAUAUAUAUUCUGGUGUGUUGCUUUCAUCUCUACACAUUAAUUUUCAAAUGAAUUACUCUAUCGUUUAUUGAUAAAAAUGAAAUCUAUAAUCAAAUCAAUUCAUGUACUGUAAUAUUUUCAUA